AGUGAGUCAUAUAGGGCAAGUCCUGCCUGGUGUUUACUCUUCUCUCACACGGAGCUGUGAAGGAGCAUCAGGCGCUAGGAACCAAGAGAAACUCGGGUCUUUGGCUCCCCUGUCUCAGUCCAAUUAAUGAGCGAUAAGGGGGCGCGUGGUCCGGUUCUACAUGAAGCUGCUUCGGUUUCCCGUUUUCUGCUGUGGAGCGAUCCUCCUCGGUGCUGCGCUGCUGCCGGUGGAGACGCUGGGAUCGAUAUUGAAGAUAAAACAACUAUGCAAGUUUUGUGAUGUGAGGGAAAGUAGCUGCCCUGGUAAGGGAGUCUGCCAGGUGGAUUGUGAAAAAACAGCCAUCUGCGAACACGAUAAUGAAGUCUGUGUCAGUAUUUGGAGGAAAGACGAUGACAAUACUACAGUAGAAACUGUGUGUCACAAUCCAGUUAAUCCACUGUAUGGUGUGAUUCUGGACGAUUAUAACAACACCAAGUGUAUUAUGAAAGAGAAAAAGGACAUGGACACAAAGUUCUUCAUCUGUUCCUGCAACGAUGAAGAGUGUAAUGAGAACAUCAUUUUUAACUCAAAACCUUUGGUGCAAUCUCCACUUGGAUCCGCCCUGCUUGUCAGCCUGGUGCCUCCUCUGAUCAUAGCCAUUGUUGUCAUCACUUCCUUCUACUCCUACCGGGUUUACCGUCAGCAGCAAAACCCACGUAAAAAGGGUCAGCCGAGGGACUUCAGCGACCAGCGGGCCAUCAUAGCUGAAGAAGGUUCAGACAGCAGCUCGCAACUCGCCAAUAACCUGAAUCACAACACCGAGCUGCUGCCCAUCGAGCUGGACGUUCUGGUCGGUAAGGGCCGUUUUGCAGAGGUCUACAAAGCCAAGCUGAGGCAGGGCUCCUCAGUGAGCGAGGAGCACCGCUUUGAGACGGUGGCGGUUAAGAUUUUCCAGUACGAGGAGUAUGCCUCCUGGAAGAACGAGAAGGACAUUUUCUCAGACGCCGACCUGAAGCAUGAGAACGUGCUUCACUUCCUGACAGCGGAGGAGAGGAAGGGGCAGAGGCAGUACUGGUUAAUCACAGCUUACCAUCCACUAGGAAACCUUCAAGAGUAUCUAACCAAUCACGUUAUCUCCUGGCAUGAUAUGUGGCUUCUCGGGAGCUCGCUGGCGAGCGUUGUGGCACACCUUCAUAGUGAACGCACCUCCUGCGGCCGCUGCAAAGUUCCAGUUGCUCACAGGGACAUUAAAAGCUCCAAUAUACUUGUGAAACAGGACAUGACCUGCUGCCUAUGUGAUUUUGGCCUCGCACUCCGGCUGGACAACACUUUGUCUGUAGAUGAACUGGCCAACAGUGGACAGGUGGGCACGGCCAGAUACAUGGCUCCUGAGGUGUUGGAGUCCAGAAUCAAUCUGGAAAACAUUGAGUCUUUCAAGCAGGCAGAUGUUUACUCAAUGGCUCUGGUUCUGUGGGAGAUCAUCUCCAGAUGCAGUGCAAUUGGAGAGGUGCAGGAGUACAAGCCUCCAUUCGGGAACCUGAGGGAGCACCCAUGUGUUGAGAGCAUGAAGGACAGCGUUCUCCGAGACAGAGGAAGACCUGAGAUCCCAAACAGCUGGACGAGCCACACAGGCAUCCAGAUGGUGUGCGGCUCUAUAGAGGAAUGUUGGGACCAUGACCCAGAGGCCCGACUCACAGCUCAGUGCGUUGCUGAGCGCUUCGACGACAUCGAGUACCUGGACAAGCUAUCAGACUGCUCCGACUCAGAGGAGAAGCUCCUGGAGGAAAUCAUAGUCGUGGAUGAGAAGUAACCUCUCCACAAAGUUGCUGCCCCCACCAGGGUGUUUGAGGCAUUACAACCAAACAGCUUUGAAAGAAAGGACUUUCAGUUAGAGUUGUUUAGUCCAUCAGAUUUGUGGCACAGGAGACGAACUGGAAGUUGACCUACAUGACAGUGAUUUGUUACCAGAGAAAUGAUCAGGAAUCAAGUCAGAAACAAAUGCGGGAGAUCAGAUGAUGCAUCAUUUUUCACCAAGUACUAUUCGCACUUUAUAAAUGAGAAUUUAUGUGUAUAUGCACGCCAAAGAGGAUAAAACAUUCAGUUUCAGCAAAACAAAAACUGGUGCAGCAUAUUAUGGGACUGCACAUGUUUUAAAAGGAGGCAAAGUAAAUUACAGAGAAUUUUAUUACACUAAUAUACAGCUUAUUUUGUAUUCAAGUGCCUAUAUUGUUUUCAUAUUGCAUGUGUUUGUUUGGAUAAUGAUUUCUAGACAGACAAAAAAGGAAAGUUUUGUGUAUAAAAAAAAAUCUAAGAAUCUAUGCAGGGAUGUAUUGUGCAAGGAGAAAAACCUGUCAGAGUGAAGGAAAGAAAUCUGCACAAAACUCCUGACCCACACUCAUUUCCUUCUCUUCAUAAUGCUCCAAUCCAAUUGUCUCCCUUCUUUGCAGAACGCCAUUACCUCUUUUCAGUUUGUUUUGUUUUCAGUCCAUUUCUAAUGAAAUGUGGGCUUUUCUCUCACUCAUCAACGAAAGGCAUCAAACUUACUAGCUAACAGCUUUUAACUGUAUCCCUAAUGGGUAUACUGUUUAUGCUUAUGCCUUUCGUUGCAUCUGCCAAAAGUGCCAAAGCUGACUGCUGUGAAAGCAUAAAUAGUGUUCUUGCACCAGCACAGUGUUUACUAAAGAAGCAUUAAACC